AUGGUGGUGAAGAACUUCAUGACCACCAAGGAGAAAGACUAUGUUGCCGAGAGUCUCAGAAGAAACAUGAGGUACUUCCGAUCGGACAUUGACUAUGCAGGUCUUUUCAGACAGGGACAAGAGAAGAUCGAGGUGAAGUAUGAUGACGAAGAGCCAAAGAGAAGCAUUAACCUGGUCUUUGGAAAGGAAAACAAAAAGUCUUCAAGAAGGCCAAGGCCGUACUGCGGGAUGGAUGCGCAGAGCACUAUGGCACAGGUCAGGAGCAUGCUUCUCCUGGAAGAACUUAUUGAUCUGUAUACAGUCAGAAGAUAUUGUAAACUUUCCGAAGAUGAUUUGAAGGAGAACAUCAGGAUACUUAGAUCAAGCCUUCUUUCCAAAUUCGAUAUAUUUAUUUCCAUCACAAAAUUCCUUAGGUUCCUGGGAGAGUAUUUUUCUUACAUAGAAGAGGAUGAAAGGAAAGAGAUCAUCUACUUACUUCAGAAAACAUUCCACCUAGUCAAGGAUGUGCCUGAGUUUUAUAAUUCGAUGGGACUCCUGUUGAACUCGAUUCCCUUAGUUUCUGAGUCUGAUCUGGAAGACGGGUUUGUGUCUACAUUUCUCUUCUUCCCUAGUGGACUAAUCCUAGCAACUUCAUUACUUAUACGGAAUGAGGCCUUGUGUGAUGUAUUCUACGAGGCUAUCAUUAAUGAGCCUUCCUGGCCCUUCACAAAGAAUAAACAUGGGUGGCAGUUUCUUUCUGUCAUGAUUUCUAUGGUGAGUGAAGAAAAGCAGAGAUCCAUUGUGAAGAAAGCAAGGUCUUAUCUGCUGGAGAUUGUCAAAGGACCUAAUAAUGACGAGAUGGAUGGUGCCAUAUUGUUUUUGGAGACAAUAGGUGUUGAAGUAGACGAGUUCAGAUGUUGGAGCGAAUAG